AUGGCGUCGUCACUCCUCCGCCUGCGCCCAGUACUUCGGCCCCUCCGCGCGACUCUGCUGCCUUCCUGGACAGCAGCCACCCGAGCCGCCCACAACGGCAAGCCCGCCGCGACGAUGGACGUCAACGCGGCGCUGAGCUCGCCGGCGUCGCUGCCCGCCCCGGGCGAGGGGGAGCCCAUCACGCUCGACGUGUCGGGGGACGGGACGACGGUGAAGCUGGACCAGAUGGGCCCGCUCGUCGUCAACCACGACGGGAGCGUGGGCCGGCUGACCAACUGGGCCGAGAUGACCAAGGCGGAGCAGAAGAACACGCUCAGGAUCCUGGGCAGGCGGAAUAAGCAGCGGCUUGAGGAGCUUCAGAAGAGGCGGCAGAGGGAGCAGGAGCAGGAGCAGGAGAAGGCGGGAGGGCAGGGCUCGAGCUCCACCUCGAAUUAA